GGCAAGAUGGCGGCUCCCGAGGAGGCAGUUUUUCCUCCGAAACUCAGUCACAAAAAGUACCGGGCCGCUCUGAAGAAAGAGAGACGCAAGAAACGUCGGCAGGAACUCGCUCGCCUGAGAGACUCAGGUCUCUCGCCGGAGGAGGAGGACGAGGACGCCUUUACUGAGGAACAACUAGAAGAAGAGAAAUCGCUGGAGAGAGAGAGGCAAAAAUUGCACGAGGAAUGGCUGCUGAGGCGGCAGCAGGCACUAGAAGAAUUCAGAAUAAAAAAGGAGAAGGAAGAGGCGGCGAGGAAACGGCAGGAAGAGCGAGAGAGAAAGCUAAAGGAAGAAUGGGAAGAGCAGCAGAGGAAAGAGAGAGAAGAGGAGCAGCAGGAACUACAGGAGAGGCGAGAGCGCGAGGAAGCCCGGCAGAGGACGCUGGAGCAGGCCGAACACGCUGCUGUGUGGCACAACCCAGAGCCGCCCGUGGACCUGAGAGUAAUGGAGAAGGAUCGGGCCAACUGUCCCUUCUACAGUAAAACCGGGGCUUGCAGAUUUGGAGAUCGGUGUUCACGGAAACACAAUUUCCCAGCCUCGAGCCCCACCCUUCUCAUUAAAAGCAUGUUCACGACGUUUGGAAUGGAGCAGUGUCGCAGGGACGACUACGACCCCGACGCCGGCCUGGAGUACAGCGAGGAGGAAACGUACCAGCAGUUCCUGGACUUCUACGACGACGUGCUGCCCGAGUUUAAGAACGUGGGCAGAGUCAUUAAGUUCAAGGUCAGCUGCAACUUGGAGCCUCACCUGCGGGGCAAUGUGUACGUUCAGUACCAGUCGGAAGAAGAAUGCCAGACAGCCCUGUCCGUGUUUAACGGACGGUGGUAUGCGGGGCGACAGCUUCAGUGCGAAUUCUGCCCCGUCACCCGCUGGAAAAUGGCCAUUUGUGGAUUAUUCGAAAUAAAACAGUGCCCCAGAGGAAGACACUGCAACUUCCUGCAUGUGUUCAGAAAUCCCAACAAUGAGUUCUGGGAAGCUGAGAGGGACGUCUACCUGUCUCCAGACAAGACUGGCUCCGCACUUGGUAAGAGCUUGGAGAGGAGGGGGAGGACGAGCCACCCUGACGAAUACGGCAGGCUGAGGAGGAGAAGCCCCAGUCCAGACCCUUCCUACAAGAGAAAUGAGGAGUCUGAGAGGAAGAGGAAUGACAGGGGGAAGAAAUCUCACAAACGCAAGUCAAAGAGUCGUGAAAGGCGUAGUUCACGAAAUAGGGGAAGUAAAAGGUUCCCCAGCCGGAGCAGGGGCCACAGGAGCCACAGAAGUCGCAGGAGCCGCAGGAGCCGGGGGAGCCACAGGAGCCACAGCCACAGCUCCUCUAGGUCCAGGAGUCGUGGCCCAAGGAGGUCAAGGUCAAGUAGUAGAGACAGAACUGCUCAGAGCCCCAAAUCCAAAUAA